UUCCAUCGUCCCACUGCAGCGAGCAAAGCCAACACUGGGCAACCCUCUAAAAUGUUUAUUUGGACCAGUGGCCGAAGCUCUACAUCUUACAGACACGAUGAGAAAAGGGAUCACGAUCUACUGGACAAAAGGAAAACAGUCACAGCCCUCAAAGCCGGAGAAGACCGGGCCAUACUCCUCGGGCUGGCCAUGAUGGUGUGCUCUAUCAUGAUGUUCUUUCUCCUGGGAAUCACCCUGCUGCGCUCUUACAUGCAAAGUGUCUGGACAGAAGAGACUCAGUGCUCGCUUCUCAAUGCAUCCAUCACAGAAACCUUCAACUGCUCAUUUAGCUGCGGUCCAGACUGUUGGAAAAUCUCUCAGUACCCCUGCCUCCAGGUGUACGUUAAUCUCACCUCUUCUGGCCAGAAGCUUCUGCUCUACCACACCGAGGAAACAAUGAAAAUUAAUUCUGAGUGUUCAUACAUACCCAAGUGCAGUAAGAACUAUGAGGAAUCCAUGUCACUGGUGAACGUGGUGAUGGAAAACUUCAGAAAGUACCAGCGCUUCUCCUGCUUCUACGACCCCGAAGGUGUUCAGAAGAAUGUGAUAUUAACCAAACUGUACAGCUCCAACGUGCUGUUCCACUCCCUCUUCUGGCCCACCUGCAUGAUGAUCGGCGGGGUCGCCAUAGUCGCGAUGGUAAAACUGACUCAAUACCUUUCCCUCCUCUGCGAGAGAAUCCAAAGGAUCAACAGAUAAAAAUCAAAACUUCUUGGAGAUUCAAUUACAGCGAAAAUACUGUUUUCUCAUUCUUCACCAAAGAACCUUAAGUUUGUAAUGUGCAAGUCUGUUAUAAGUUCCUUACUUUAUUCUUAUAAGUAGAGCAAUAAUGCAAAAGCUGUUCUAUAUGCAAAUAUGAUGUUAUUAUUAUGCAGACAACUGAAAAAAAUACUGGUUUGUGUUGACUGUCUAUAUGAUCUUGUUUUAUGCUGAGACUAGUCUUUCUUUCUUUUCUAUGGCCAAAAUAGGGCUCAGUGUGACCAUUUGCUGAGCUUAGUCAAUUGACAUUUUCAGUGCAAAGGAUUCCAGGGAAAAUUCACGGCUGGACAAAGGGCAGUUGACAACUUGCGCAUCACUGAGAUCUCAUGUCUGGCUCAGUCCAUUCAAUGGUUUUGUGGCUUUAGGUUUUUUAUUAUUGUUGGGGGGGUGGAGGGGAAGCAAUUGUAGGGUUUUUUUAUGGUAAGGUGGCACAAAAGGGAUGAGGCCAGGAUAAGCAUACAGUGUUUUCAGCUUCAGUAGGACUUGGUGAUGUUUUGUGUUUGCUCCCCCAGUUCAGACGUAAAUUUUACCCGAUGGUGUUUAAGGUCUUUUGGAAAAUACUUUGGAGUUUUAUUUUAUUUAGUGCUAUAAUUUCCUUCUGCCUUAUCAACAUCAUCUUUGUCACUUGCAGAAGCUGUAGCCAAAAAACAAAAAUCACCUUGUUCCAUUUUCUAUUCUAGUCUGAGCCCUACUGAUGGAGAUGGGACCAGAACUCCUUAUGUAAAGGUUUAUUACUCAUUUGUCUUGUAUUUGCUACCAUAUCACUGUAAAGAAAAAAAUAACACAAUCCGCUAUUUUUUCAUUUUUUACUUCCAACUAUUUUAGAUUUUUUUACUUGAUAUAUAUACAGAUAUAUAUAUAUAUAAAGAAACUAUAUUAUAUCUAGUUGUGUAUUGGAACUUGAUUAUGGGAAUUUUUUUUCUUUGUUUUUUCCCACUGGAAAGUGAACAGUAUAACUCAUAUUUAUAACAUUCAUCCUUCUAUAAUAUCACAACAUGGAGCAGCAGCUCUGCAGGAUCUUAUCCAAUAUUCAUGAUUUGUUUCAGUCAAAGGUCUCUGUUGCUGUGACAUCGGAACUGACAAAAAUCUCAUCCAAUUCUGUGGCUCUAUUAACUGAAUUGUUAGGUAAUCAUCAUAAUACAUCUGGAAAUCUCUCCUGACCUUAACUCAGU